CUUAUCAAAAUCAUGUCUCAGACACCAGAAGAAAUGAUAGUGGAUCGCGAAGUUAAUACUAUGCUUUCACCAAUGAAUACUUUACCUACAGACGAUACAGCUUCACCUUCAAAUACUGAUUCUGAUGCUGAUUCUAUUGCAAAAUGGGGUUCGUCUGGUCAAGUCACUCCUAGAAUUCAAUAUAAAGAACCUUCACUUCAUGAAAGACGUUUAAAACGAUAUCGAUAUUUACUUGGACAAACCGAUCUCUUUGCUCAUUUUUUGGAUCUCAAGUCAGAAAAAGACGAAGCUAUGCAAACUGUUUUAGAAGAAAAGAAACUUGCCAAAUCUGAAGAAGGAUCUAAACGUCGUCGGAAAACGGAAAAGGAAGAAGAUGAAGAAUUACUUAAGGAUGAAAUUAGUACUGAACCAUUGACUGUCUUUACUGAAUCACCUGCUUAUGUUACUGGUGGCAAAUUACGAGAGUAUCAAGUACAAGGAUUGAAUUGGAUGAUCUCUUUAUUUGAAAAUGGUAUUAAUGGCAUUCUCGCAGAUGAAAUGGGACUUGGAAAAACGUUACAAACUAUCUCAUUCUUGGGUUAUUUAAAGCAUGUUCGUGGUAUUCCUGGUCCUCAUCUUGUAGUAGUGCCAAAAUCUACAUUACAUAAUUGGAAAAAUGAAUUUACAAAAUGGAUUCCUGAUUUUGAUGCUUUUAUUUUCCAUGGUGAUAAAGCAGAAAGGGCUGUUUUAUUAAAAGAUAGAGUACAACCUUUGAAUUUUCAAGUUUGUAUUACAUCGUAUGAAAUGUGUUUAACAGAAAAAUCAGCCUUCAAGAAGAUCCAAUGGCAAUAUAUUAUUAUUGAUGAAGCUCAUCGUAUCAAGAAUGAAAACUCCAUGUUAUCUCAAAUUGUUCGUGUAUUUGAAUCAAAAGGUCGUAUGUUAAUCACUGGCACUCCUCUUCAAAACAAUCUACAUGAACUCUGGGCUUUAUUGAACUUUUUAUUACCUGAUGUAUUUAGUUCAUCAGAAGUGUUUGAUGAAUGGUUUGAAACUCAAGGUGGCGAUCAGAAAAAAGUCAUGGAUCAACUUCACAAGGUAUUAAGACCUUUCUUAUUACGUCGUAUCAAGUCUGAUGUGGAAAAAUCGUUAUUACCCAAGAAAGAAACCAAUGUUUACGUUCGUAUGACACCAAUGCAACGUCAAUGGUAUCAAAAGAUUCUUGAAAAGGAUAUUGAUGCGAUUAAUGGUGCUCCUGGUAGUGGCAAACGUGAAGGCAAAACAAGAUUAUUGAAUAUUGUCAUGCAAUUACGAAAAUGUUGUAAUCAUCCUUAUCUCUUUGAUGGAGCUGAACCUGGACCUCCUUAUACUACCGAUCAACACAUUGUAGAUAAUGCUGGCAAAAUGGCUGUACUCGACAGAUUGUUGACCCGACUCAAAUCUCAAGGAUCUCGUGUUCUUUUAUUCAGUCAAAUGAGUCGUGUUUUGGAUAUCUUGGAAGAUUAUUGUUGGUGGAAGAAUUAUCAAUAUUGUCGUAUCGAUGGUCAAACAACUCAAGAAGAUCGUGUGAAUGCCAUUGAUGAAUAUAACAAACCUGAUAGUGAAAAGUUUUUAUUCUUGUUAACAACUCGUGCUGGUGGUCUUGGUAUCAAUUUAACAACCGCUGAUAUUGUUAUACUUUUUGAUAGUGAUUGGAAUCCUCAAGUGGAUUUGCAAGCUAUGGAUCGUGCUCAUCGUAUUGGUCAAACAAAACAAGUCAAGGUGUUCCGAUUUGUCACUGAAAAUGCCAUUGAAGAAAAAGUACUUGAAAGAGCAGCUCAAAAGCUUCGAUUGGAUCAACUUGUCAUUCAACAGGGUCGUAUGCCUCAAGCCAAAGGUCAUUCAAAGGAUGAAUUAUUGGACAUGAUUCAACAUGGAGCUGAAACUAUCUUCAAUAAUACGGAUGAAAAUGAAAAUGAGGCUGAUACCGAUAUUGAUGCUAUUCUACGCAAAGGUGAAGAAAGAACAGCAGAACUUAACAAGAAGUACUCCAACCUCAAUAUAGACGAUUUGAAGAACUUUUCAUCUGAAAGUGCAUAUCAAUGGGAUGGUGAAGAUUGGAGCAACAAGCGCAAAGCCGAUGGCAUUGGACUUUCAUGGUUAGGACCUACUAAACGGGAACGAAAAGUAAACUAUGCCGUAGAUGACUAUUACAAAGAAGCUUUGAAUACUCGACACAAGGCAGCUACUUCAAAUAAACCUCCACGAUCAAAACGAUAUCAUACUGAAGAGUUCCAAUUCUUCCCUCCUCGAAUUCAUGAACUCAACAAAAAGGAUACUCUCUAUUAUCAGAAACAACUUGGUUAUAAGGUACCACCUGUUCCUGAAACUGAUGAUCCUAAAGAAAAGGCCGCUUUGGAAAAGAAACGUGAAAAAGAACAACGCAGUAUCGAUGAAGCACAACCUUUGACUGAAAGGGAAAUGGAAGAACGAAAACGAUUGUAUGAAAAGGGUUUUUCCAAUUGGGGCAAGAAAGAAUUCUUCAAUUUCAUCAAUGCUUGCACGAAAUAUGGAAGACAUGAUUUAGAAAAUAUUGCAGCGGAAAUGGAAGGCAAGACAUUGGAUGAAGUCAAAAGGUACAGUAAAGUAUUCUGGUCACGCUACAAGGAAAUUCCAGAUUACGAGCGACAAUUGGCCAAGAUUGAAAAGGGAGAAAGUGAUUUGGAAAAGCAAGCUGAAAUCCAACAACAAUUGACAGAAAAGGUAUCACGACAUCGUGUGCCUUUAGCACAAAUGAAGAUCAACUAUACACAACCCACCAAGGGCAAGCAUUAUACAGAAGAUGAAGAUAGGUUCUUGGUGAUUAUGCUGGAAAAAUAUGGUUAUGGUACAGAAAACGUGUAUGAUUUGAUCAGACAUGAAAUUAGAAAGGCGCCCAUGUUUCGGUUUGAUUGGUUCCUCAAAUCUCGUACCUCUGAAGAAAUUAAACGACGUUGUGCCACCUUGAUUGGUUUGAUUCAAAAAGAAAACUCGGAACAAGAUGAUGAUGAUGAUGAAGAAGAAAAUGAACAGCCAACCAAGAAAACAAAAGUCAAGACAAAUGCCCGAACAAGACGCCGUUAG